CUCCUGUUCUUGCCACAUAGGAAUUUCCUUUGGUCGAAGAUCGUUUGCUGACACCAUCCUGUUGCUCUAGCAUCGUUCGGUCUGAUUCCUGUGUAACACGUAGAGUCAUAAAAGUAGAGUCAUUUUCUCAGCCAUGUUACCAUGGAAACAAUCACUGAAGCCAGUGAACUUCCAGAUACAGUCCAAAAUAUCACAGAUGACAUCCUAUUGGGCACAUCCCCUGGACCUCCUUUAUACCUUUCCCCGCUGUUUAAGCGACCCUCUUCGACUCUAUCUCCUGGACAUGCAGCCAUCUUGGAAAUGCAUGCUAACAGCCAGUCAAAUGCUAUAAUUUAUGUUAUGGUAGUCUUGGGUCUCUACAUUCUGGGAAUGAGUAUCGUCGUUAUCAAGUACAUCCGCACAGAACGAUAUGAAGCACGACUCACCCGUUUAUUUCACAACCUUGUGCAAAGGGACCACUUUUUCAGACUGUCUAGACGGCGGUCAUCCCUUCCUAAGUGUGCUCCAGGAAUACCAACGAACAUAGAGGACGACCUUCCCCUCUCUCCUAUCAUUCAUAUACCAGAUAUCACUUCCACGAUACCAACACCGGACAUAAGUGAUCACAUGGAAGAAGAAAGCAAGGUUUGAUGAAAAGAACAUGCAUUUGUUCAAGAGGUUAUGAAACACUUAGAGAUUCUGAACAUCAGAUUAUUACCAAAAUUAGAUAAAUACUCUAGCGCUGUUUGCAAAUGGUGGAAGCUUGUUUAGACUGGAAUUAAAGGAUAUGCCAUAUCUAAUAAUUGUUUAAUUCUUGUGUUGCGUUUGAUGUAACGCAUUUUGAUGUAAACCCCGAGGACUACAUUUCCUUUUUUGAAAUGCAUUCCAUCAGACUAAUAUACGAUGGAUUUUUGAUGUCACUGUACCACAGUCACCCUCACCAAACCAGUUCUAACUGGCUCACUAUCCCGUCCAAUCACUUUGUACAAAGUAGCAUACUUAUUCCACUGAAUUUUCCUCACUUAAUAAUCGAACAAAUACUUAGGCUACUAAUAUGCAUGAAUAUUUAAAAAAAUAUAUCUGUUUUGCUUUCAGUAGAAUUUAAUGAGUAUCAAAGAGAGUUUAAAAUGUGUCGUGUCUGUCACUUAUAUUUCCAACAACUUUCUUAGAACAUCAGAAAGCUGCAUAUAUCAUGUUAAAACUUUUCAACAAGUAUUUUUAUCCAGGGAACAAUAUUCUGUGACGCUAUGAAAUACAUAACUUUGAGAAGAUCUUGAAAUGAACAACGAACAAACUUGGUAAAAUAGCGAACUGAAUUCACAGUAUCCUUGUUAAAGGAAUUGCUUGUAAUGUGUAUCAAUUUAUAAAGAUAUUGAGAAAUCUUAUCAACUAUUAUACAAGUAAUUGAUGAAGAGUUAUUAAAUGCUGUAUUUUUAUACGUGCAAUUAAAUGAAUUUAUACUCAUAUUCUUUCAAAGUAUUCGAAAGUGAAUACCUGUUUUCUAUCAAAAUGAUAAUUGGCAGCUUAUGGUACAUAACAAUAGAAUUUAUACUAAUAAUAGAGGAGAUAAUAUUAUGUGCAUGAGUUUAAACUGAAAC